AUGCGUAAAACAACCUUACACCUCCCUCGUGGAAUCCAGUGGACGUUGUUCUCACAUUUGGAAGACAAUGACUUUGCCGAUGAUCUGGCAGUCUUGUCGGCCACUCCUAACAAUCUCCAGGAAAAAUUAAACCAACUAAGCAAUUUUGCAAAGCAAACUGUAUAUCAGGUCUUAAAAAGACCCAAGUGAUGUAUGUCAAUGACCCUACAGCACCCCCGAUCAUCAUCAGUGGAGAAGAACGAUUUCACUUGUCUCGGAAGCCUUAUUAGUAGUGACAAUGGUGCCCAUAAAGACAUCACGGCCCGCCUUAACACUGCCAUGUGUGUUUUCAUUCUACUCGCAACAUCAAAAAGUCUAUAGCUAAGCAAUAUAGCCUCAAAACUACGAUCAGGCCUUAUUACAGCGUUGGUAAGGCUAUCCUUGUGUAUGGCUCUGAGUACUGGAGAGUAACGAAAGGAGAUAUGAGAAAGGUCGAUGAUCUGCAAUAUCUACUGGCACAACAAGAUCACUAAUGAAGAACUGUAUAAGAAUACGGAAGGUAUGAGCCACAGGCUGCGAUGGCCUGGUCAUGUCCCAAGGAUGCCCAGUGACAGGAUACCCAAUAUCGUCUUGAGAUGGACCCCAACUGGGAAGAGGAAAAGAGGCUGGCCAAAAACCACCUGGCGGAGAACAAUGACGAAAGAGCUGGGGGAGUUGGGUCUAACAUGGGGCAAAGUGCAGGCCACAGCUCAGGACAGAGUAGGGUGGCGAAAUUUAAUUGCGGCCUUAUGUCCUAGCCGGGAGAAGAAGGAUGAGUGA